UUCCUUUAAUGGCACCCACGAUCCUUCACAUUAACAUCUCCCACUUUGUCCCUGUGGUUGUUGUCAUUGCCAUGCUUAAAGAUCAUUGUUGUCUUCUUUAGAUUUUGUUCUCGUGAUGACGAAAUUUGAAGACUUCUUGAUGCAGCAAAGUGAUGAGAAGCAGGAAAGAACUGAGCUUGAAGAAGAGGUUGAGAAAUUGCAAGAUGAAUUAGAUGGAGAAUUGACGCUUAACAAAGUUUUGCAGUGUGCACUUGAUGGGCCUGUUAUUUCACAUCCUCUUCUUUCCUCACUGCUUCCACCUCAGGUUCAUGCGCUUCUUUCAGAGUUGGCAAUGGUGGAGGAAGAAAUAGUGUGGCUUGAGAGGAAAGUUGAAGAAAUGAAAAUGAGACUGUAUCAUGAAAAGAAAUUGACUAAGGAAUGGCGAUUGCUGAGGUCAGAGGCAGAGAAGCAACAGAGGAGGCUGCAGCGGGCUAAUCACUUGUUAUGUAGGCCCGAAAAUUCAUCCAUGCUCAAUAAAGAUCUCCAAGUUGGAACCAGGUCUCAAAACUAUGAUGAAUUUUCAACAAGAAGAAUGAAAAGUAGAAGGGCUUCUGUGGGUUCUGAAAUAGAGAUCUUAAGCAUGUCUUCUACAGCUUCCCCCGAAAUUUAUGAGAAAUCGAAGGGGCAUACAAGUAGAAUCCCAAAACAUUGUUCCAUUGAUAAAACAGGCAAUGAGAACCCAAAUUCACUUUCAGAAGAACUGAUCAAAUGCCUAAUAGGCAUAUUUCUAGACAUGAACCAGGCGGCUCAAGACACAGAAGGAUCUGCCAUUGUGCCAAAACUUAGCCUCUCCUGCAUGAAUUCAAAAGGCUUCAUAUCAAAAAAUGCAUCAAGUCUUGAUCCUUAUGGCAUAUUACCAGAUUUAGAUGGUAGCAUCAGAGACAUAGGUCCAUACAAGAACCUCAUCCAAAUCACAAGAAGCUCAUUAGACAUCAAUCGAUUCACAGAAUGUUUAUCCGCAGUCAGAAAAUUAAGGGUUUUGAUGCAUAAAUUAUCCAAUGUGGACUUGACAUUCUUGACAUACAAGCAGAAGCUAGCAUUUUGGAUCAACAUCUACAAUAGCUGCAUAAUGCAUGCGUUUUUAGAGCAUGGGUUGCCUUCUACACAGGAGAAAUUACUCGCACUUAUGAACAAGGCUGCACUAAAUGUAGGCGGUAUAGUACUGAAUGCACUGGCAAUUGAGCACUUCAUUCUUCGACAUCCAUGUGAAUCAGCUUCUGAACCCACAUACCAGAAGGAAAUGCUGCUAAGGCAUGCAUAUGGUUUGGGGUAUCCAGAGCCAAAUUUGACAUUUGCUCUUUGCAGAGGCAGUUGGUCCUCUCCGGCCUUGAGAGUGUAUACUCCAAAGGAAGUAGUGAAUGAACUGGAAAGGGCAAAAGUGGAGUAUUUGGAAGCUUCAGUGGGAGUUACAAAUAAGAGAAAGAUUGUGGUUCCAAAACUUCUGCAGUGGCACAUGAAAGACUUUGCAGACGAUAUAGACUCACUGCUGGAAUGGAUUUACAGUCAAUUGCCACGUUCUGGGUCACUGAAAAGAUUGAUGAUGGAGUGCCUAAAUGGAGAAGUUAAAAGUCCUUCAACAAAAAUUAUUGAAACCCAACCUUACGAAUUUGAGUUCCGGUACCUACUGCCCCUGUAAAUGAUUUGGAAAACAACCCGAAAAAUGGCAUCAUCAGUUACACCUGCGAAAACAAGUGUAGCUUUAGCUUGAUCAUUAUCCUUCACAAUUGUUCGACAAAUUUGUCAUAAGUUCCAGCGACUUUGUAAUUUGAUGUGUUCAACAUAAAUGAAACUAUCAGUCAUAAUUUGACGUA